AAAUUCGUCAUUAUUUGUACAUGUAUCAUAAUUUUAAUUGCUAGCACGUGUGAAAAUAUAAAUUUAUUUGUACACGUAUCAUAAUCUAAUUGGCUGUAAAAUCGUCAUUAUUAUAAAACACAUUUAACUUUUAAUAAAAAGAUAUAGGUAACUAAAUGAAUGACAAUAAAUCAGUAGAAAGAAAUUAAAUAAAGACAUUGUAUGCAACAUAGCAAAAUCAGACAUUAAAGUUAAUUACCCAUAAAUAAAAGAAAAAAUGGAAGAAAACUUAAUAAACCCCAAUUAGAGAGAAGAUAAGCUAUAAAUUUUUUUGUUACUUGAGUUUGUUUAUAAGCUGCUACGUCCCUUACGAGAGUUAUAUAGUUCUCCAGAUUCACAACUUUUUGUUUUGUAGACUUUAUUUUUCUUAAUUUGUUUUGGGAAUUAUGGCUGAAACUUCAUGGACGAGAGAGGAGAACGAGAAGUUCAAGAAUGCACUGGUGUUGUUCUCUGCCUUUUUGCCUACUCGGUUCCAGAUUAUCGCGGAGAAUGUGCAGAAAUCGGUGGCUGAUGUUAAGGAGCAUUACAAGGAAAUGGUCAAUGAUCUUUUAGAGAGGGGAUCCAGUCGAGUUGCUUUUCCUAAUAAAUUGACUGAGGCUAUGGCUCAAAGAUCGUACCAGGCCGAGAGAACUAAAUGGAACAAAGAAACACAUGAAUGGUUUCUGAUCGGGUUAAAGCGGUUUGGGAAAGAUUGGCGUAAAAUAGCCGUCUUAUUGAAUUCCAAGAAUCCGAAGCAAGUGGAGAUAUAUGCACAUAACUAUUUCAACUGGCAAAGCUCAGAGGAAAAUGUGAUGAAACGCCCUAGAGCCAACGACAUAACUGUGGAGAAUACGGAAGUGAAUGUGAUGAAACGGCAGAGAGCAAAUGACAUGGUGGACACCAAUGUGGGCUCAACGGGCCAACAAGAGAGUCUCGUCGUUCAUCCGCAGCCACAACAUGAGCCGAUUGUUAUGCAAAUCUGUCACCAUGCUAAGGCCUCCAACUCAAAGUGUAUUAACAACUAAAAAAUAAAACGCGUUGUGAAACAAAUUAAAGCCUAAAGACAUUGAAGGCCCUUGAUUAUUUUUGUGUUGUAUAUUAAAGAUUUGGGAUUUCCAUUUUUGUAAACCAUAUUUUAUUUACUUUUGU